GAUAAAGGCACACCCGAGAUCCUUCAUGUCUACUCGUUUGACGGAGAUACCAGAGUCGUGAAGGAGAAAGCCUGCAUUCCAUUUACCAACCCAGACAACGGAGGGUUGAAGCUUUCGGACAUUCGUCAAUUACUGAUCAGCGAAAAGGCUUCGGAACCGAGACUGCUCUCGAGUCCAUUCACCAAUCAACGCGGCGCAAAGGUGGCAGACACCACCAGCUUUAAGGCCUAUCUACAGAUUCUCAAUGAGAAGUCGAGCGAGCUUGGGGACCGGACUGAAGACAAUGCCGACACCUACCGAGUGUAUCUUAAUUCCAAGAAAAUCAUCGAAACUGGCCAUAUCCAUGGCCUGCGCAACCAAGGAGAGAAGGUGGCGGUGGAUAAGAGUGCCGCCGAUUUCCCGGUCACUCGACAGUCCACCAAGCCCCACGAAGCAACUACCUUCAGUCACAAUAUCUUCUACAAUCCGGCCACGACUUUCAGUAUUGUUCAUCCAGCUGAUAUGUCUGAGAAGCAUUGGAGCGUGAUGUUGAUGGAAACAAGUUUGUCGAACGCGCACUAUAUCCCAGUGAGCUUUGUGUUGAAACCACGCUACUUUUUCAACUAUCAGAUCAGUGCGACGGCAGAGCAAUUACUCCGGAUCCCACGCUUCCGCAUUGACGACGACUCUUAUAUCAGACAGUUCGAAACGAAGAAAUCGGUAUCCCGCGCAAUGACUGAAGCGUCCUUAUCUGAGACUGAUGCCAAGUUGGCUAUUGAAGGCGGCGCCUUUGGUUACAGCGCCAGCGCGUCGGCAAGCUACAGUGAGAGCAAAUCAUCAUCGUCAACCUCCAGUAGCACUCAAGAGAGUCGCGUGAUGACUAUCACCUACAAUUUCCCUCGAGUCGUCAUUGACUUCGAGCCCUCUGGCCUUGACCUGAGCGAGGAAUGCAAAUUUGACCUGGAGCGAGUCAAUACAGCUGCAGCCGUGGAUGUCUUCAAGAACAAAUACGGUCGCUUUUUUACCACCAGGGUUCAACUGGGCGGCCGUCUCCACAAUUCGGAACAGAGUGAAUCCACUGACGCCGCGGCCACGGCAAAACAGGCCAAGUCGAUGAGGGCAGCCGCAGCGCUUUCAUUCUCCUCACCUUGGGUCCAGGCAUCGGCCAGUGCAAGCCAUAGCAACUCGUCCGACUCCAGCUCCGAGAAAAGGGAUGUCUCAGCAUACAGCGCGAUCAAUUGGGAGGCCCAGGGCGGCGAUACCCUGCAGUGCAACAACCCUCCCAAUUGGGCGUACACUGUUGGCUCGUUCUACAACUGGAGACCCAUUCAACAAUCCAAAAUUAUGCCGCUUGAAGCCGUCAUUUCUAUGGUGCCGGGGUACGAAGAUACUAAGACGAGAUUUGCGGCGCUGCUGGCCACCAAGACGCCCGAAGCCCUGAAGCUAGAGACAAUCAAGUUUCGACUAAAAGCUUCGAGCCAGGCAGUGUUCAUUCCCAGGGCGAAUUAUGACCAUGCUCGCAGUGAGAGAUUCUCCUUAAAGCCCUUCGGUGGCCCAGUUCAGUUGGAGCGAUUGCAGUUCCUGGAUCGAAUUAAGAACGAGGAAUUUGGCAACGUGCCCGUGCAGGUUUGGUACGCCACGGAAGGCUCCAAUCGAGACUUCAGCAUCGUUACCGAGAGCAACGAAGACCAUAAGGUACUUAGUCGCCUAAAAUACAACCACGAAUACAAGAUCCAAAUCACUACCGAUGGCAAGGAGCAAUGGCUAGGCGUGAACCCCACAAUGCCUGGCACGCUAGAUAAGAUCAUGGUCUGGGCUGGUAGUAGCGGCGAGAAUGCGAGCUAUUUCAUGUUCAUGCCUAAGGACCUCGGUAAAGCGGGUGAUUAUAUCGAAGAUGACGAGGAGUUUUAUAUCUAUCUAUACGACAAACAUCAACAGAAGCUCGGAUACGCCAGAUCUCAAUACUUCGAUGGGCCAGUACUAAUUAAUUCAGACGUUCGGCGACAGUUGGGCACUGACCUGGAUUCCGGUCAUAGGAGAUCCGACGCCAGGGUAUUCUCGCUCGAGUACGUUUGA